ACCGGAAGCGCCGCGUGUGUACGGAAGCGAAGGGGGCGCGGCUCCCCCGCCGCUGAUAGGGCGUUCCGCCGGGCGGCGUCUGACGUCACGGCGCCCGAGUUGCCGCCCUCCGUAGCCGCGCAACUGCUCCGGGGCCUGGGCAAGAUGGAGAGCGCCAGCCAGGAUAUCAACCUUAACUCUCCCAACAAAGGUCUGCUGUCGGAUACGAUGACGGAUGUCCCCGUGGAUAACGCCAACGCGGCAGCCGCUCCUCCGAGACCCCCUUCCUACAAUGGGCUCACCGAAGCGGAGGAAGAGGAGUUGAGAGCCGAGUUAGUCAAGGUGGAGGAAGAAAUCGGCACCCUGCGCCAGGUCCUGGCUGCCAAAGAGAGACACUGCGGAGAGCUGAAGAGAAAGCUGGGCCUGACCCCUUUGGAUGGGCUGAAGCAAAACCUCUCGAAGAGCUGGCACGACGUCCAAGUCUCCAACGCAUACGUUUCGGCCAGCAGCACCCUGGAGGACUGGAAUGAGAAAUUAACCCAAUCAGAAGCCUACAAGAAGACGCAGGAGACGCUGUCGCAGGCAGGCCAGAAGACUUCAGCCGCCCUUUCCAACGUGGGUUCCGUCAUCAGCCGGAAACUGGGAGACAUGAGGAACUCUGCAACCUUCAAGUCCUUUGAAGACCGCGUUGGCACCAUUAAGUCCAAAGUGGUGGGCAGCAGAGAGAACAGCGCCGAUGAGCUCCACUCCCCCUCGGCCUCCAGCGACAAGCCGCCUCAGGACAACGCGCCAUUCUAAGGCUCCCGCCCAGCGGUGCCCGACUGCCAGAGCCCUGCCCCCUCUCGCUCUUCUCAACACGCAAAACAAACGGAAAAAAAAAAGCAGGUGCCCCUUGGAAAAGAGAGAUCCACACGUCUCCCGUCGACAUUUCCUCGCUGCUGGAUUCUUCGGGUUCAGUCGGGCGAACACCCCGGCGCGUUUUUCGCACACUGUACGUUUGACACUAAAAAAGGGGCUCUGGGUAGAACGCACUGCGGGCGGCUCUCCUAAAAAAGUAUAGCAGCACAGCAUUGUGGGGAUUCUGCACGGGUGUUUCGGCCUCAGAGGCCUGCUUCGUUCUCCUCCCGCCCCUUUCUCCGCCCCCCUCCACGAGCAGGCCAGAUUUUAUUUCGUUAGGUGAUGUGAAAAACCUAGCCAUGGAAUGCGGGAGCCGAACAAGAGGUGCAGGGACUCUGCUCUCGGGGCCCCGUUCUGCGUCGCUAACGGGCUUCUAGCCGUUAAGGGCUCCUCCAGUGUGGGGAGCCGUCAGGAAAACUUACGAGGUUUUCAGUCUCCGUUUAAGAUAGAAGCAUCUAACUUGGGGGUGGGGGAAUAGGUAGGUAGAAGACAAGCUUUUUCUCCGGGGCUUCCAGAAAGGGAAACCUCCGCUCAGCAACUGCCCGAAGCCUUUGCUACAUCGAUUUUCUCUAGCUUUAACGAAUCUCAAGAAUCUUUAUUUUUUUGGGAAUGCAGUGGACUUUUCCCGACACACCAGCUUUAGCAUCCUUAUUUUUUUGCGGGGGUGGGGGGAGGGAGGGGAGCGGGGCGGCAGAUCUACCUUUCGGACGCCGAAGCUGACGACGCGCGCCUUACAUCACCGCCUGCUUUACUUGUUUAUAAUCUUUUUAUAUCUCCAGAGUGUGAAGAAUUUUUGUGGGGGAGGGGGGUGCCGAAGCGCUGGAGUUCUGCAUCCAACCGUAGUAGCAGCAUGCAGAUGUGCCGGGUCUCGUGUUCAUUUUUGGUCGCGCACACGCCUGCUCCAUCUGUGUCUCUCUCUCCUCCUCCCUCUCCCCCCCUCUUUCUCCCCUCUCCCCCACCCCUCUCCCUCGCUCUCUCCCCCUCCCUCUCUCUCACCCUCGCUCUCUCCCCUCCCUCUCCUUCCCACUGACCCUCCCUCUUUCCUUUCCUCUCCCUCUCUCUCUCCCCCUUCUCCCCCUCCCUCUGCCCUUCCCUCUCCCCUCCUCCCUCCCUCUCCCCCUUUCUCUCCUCCCCCCUCUGCCCCUCCUCUCCUUUUCUCUCCCUCUCUCUCUCCCCCUUCUGCCCCUCCCUCCCUCCUCCGCCCUCCCUCUCCCCCUCCCUCCCUCUCAUCCUCUUUCUCUCCCCCCACCCUCUCUCUCUCCCUCCAUCUUCCCCUCCCUCCCCCUCCUCCCUCUCCCUCUCUCUCUCUCUCCCACCUGUGGAGUUUGCUUCUCCAGCUGUCCCUUUAGGCGCUGAUCUGAUUAGCGAGGGACGCAUUUAGCAGGGCGCAUCCGUUCCCAGAACAGGGAGAUCCGUCCUCUCCUUUCCCCUCGGAUCCAUCCUUCCGCCAGGAGCCCGAUAAAAUUUAUUCGCCCGUUUUAACGUGGCCACCUUUCCCCACUUUCGGUUUGCAGCGGUCCCAGUUACCAGUGUUCCCCUCCCCCCCCUCCUCGCCAGCUGUGCUCAGGAGCCCCAUAGUGUUUCGGAAAGGCCACGUGGCUUUCCGUUGCCCCGACCUCAGUCAUAAGGCGGAGGUGCCUCUCCCGUGAUUUCUCCCGACCUUUUCAGGUGCCUUAGAGGCUCAACGGGACCGCUGCAGCACCCGGAAAACAUAUCAGUCGAAGCCGUUUCAAGGCUGCCGCCCCUCCCCAACAGAAGGCUUUCGGCCCCCUCCCCCUCCCUCCAAGCUUGGAGAAAAGCAAGUUUGGACACUUAGAUGUCGAUGGUAGAACUUGCCCCCCGUCUUCCAUCCGUGCAGAUGGAAACUUUAGCGUGAGGAUGUAGCAGCUCGAGGGGAAAACCAGCCGGGGUUGUGUCAUUUGCCAGAGUUUGGUUUUUUUUGUUGGGGGUGGGGAUAAAAUAGUCAUCUGUGCUGGAAAGGGAGGGAACAACACUAGUGGGACAGGAAACUGCUGGAAGAGAGAGAGAGAGAGAGACUGUACUGUGCUCUUCUGUACUGGUGACUGAUGGGGAAAACUUUGUCAAUAAAACAUUCCUUUUGGAAAAGCA